AUGUGGUCCAAACGCAAAACUUCCGGUCAGAACGAAAUCAACAAAGAAAAUAUUACCGAGGACGUUCCGGGCUGGAGAUCGCUGUUCGGAUUCACCACUCGAAGACACCUGCCGACUCUAAUAUUCGGGUCUAUAUUCGCUCUGCUUGCUAGUUGUGUUACCCCGGCACUUGCAAUCUUCCUUGGCAAUGUCUUUGACUCGUUUACCUCUUUCGGCGCUGAUAAGACUGAUGCGAAAGGGCUUCAUCACCAAAUAAUCACAAACUGCUUUGGAAUGAUCGGGCUGGGAGUAGCUGGUUGGUUUUUGAACGGUACAUACUACGCUCUGUUCAUUGCAUUUGGGGAAAUGCAGGCCUCCGUUAUUCGCAGCCAAGUGUUUCUAGAAUUGCUAAAACGCGACAUUGAGUGGUUUGAGGCUAAAAGCGAGGGUUCGGGUGCUUUGUUAUCGGGAAUUCAAGCACACAUUCAUGAAAUUCAGAUGGCGACAUCGCAGCCACUUGGACUUGUAUUGCAAUACUCGUGCCGUUCACUGGCUUCACUAGGGCUCGGCUUCUACACCUCAUGGAGCCUCUCUCUGGUAACUCUUGCAGGCAUUCCAAUAUUCUCGGCAAUUAUCGGAUUCCGUUCUUCCAAAAUGAAGUUUAGCAUUACAGCACAGCAGGCUGAGCUUACAGAGGCUUCCAAGAUUGCGAACAAUGCUAUCACAAAUAUCGAUACAGUAAAAUGCCUCAAUGGACAGACCUUCGAGCAUCAGAGCUUUGCCGAUCGCAUUGAGAGAUCUGCCACACACUACCUUCGACAAGCUCGGCUGAAUUCUCUGCAAAUUGCUUUCAUCCGGUGGAUGAUGUUCGCGAUGUUUGUUCAGGGAUUCUGGUAUGGCAGUUCGCUUGCUCGCGCCGGGAAACUCACAUCCGGAGAAGUUCUCAGAACCUUCUGGGCCUGCCUGACUGCAGCUCAGUCUAUCGAGCAGAUAUUACCCCAGAUGAUCGUGAUGGAAAAAGGAAAGGUCGCUAGUGUUGCCUUGAAAUCGAUAUUAAAGAGUCGGAGAGAAGAUAAAACUGUGAGCGAGGCAAAGGGAACUCGGUAUCCGGAACACUGUGAAGGUGAUAUCGAGGUCAAAAAUGUAUCAUUUUCAUAUCCUAGUCAGCCUGAUCAAUGUGUUCUCAAGCCCUCCAGCUUUUUCUUCCCGGCUGGAGAAACCACAUUCGUUAUAGGGAAAAGUGGCUCUGGUAAAAGUACCCUCAGUCAGUUGCUGAUGCGGUUCUACUUGCCAAAUUCAGGCGAAAUCCUGAUUGACCGCAAUCCAAUGCAAGGACUCGAUAUCAACUGGAUCCGCAACAACAUUACUCUUUUAGAGCAAAAGAGUGUUCUCUUCAAUGAGUCUGUGCUCACGAACAUCGCCUUCGGUCGCCAGGACCAUGCAACUGUCACCAAGGAAGAUGUCAAAGAUUCCAUUGACUUGGCCAUGCUUGAGCACACAAUAAAUGGUCUUCCCAAAGGUAUUGACACUUGCGUUGGUCCGGGUGGAGGCUUUUUAAGUGGCGGCCAAAGACAGCGAGUUGCAAUUGCCAGAGCGAAAUUACGUGACACCCCAAUAUUGAUCUUAGAUGAACCCACUAGCGCCCUUGAUCAUACCAACCGAGUCGCAGUGAUUAAAGCAAUCCGUGAGUGGCGGAAAGGAAAGACCACCAUCAUCAUCACUCACGAUAUGUCACAAAUCAUGGAACAGGAUUUCCUGUAUAUCCUCGAACAGGGUUCGAUCGUGAAAUCCGGCUACAGAUAUGCCGUGGAGGUCAGUCCGGGAAGUGAAAAAUAUUUUCAUACCAAAGUCGACAGUUCUCUGGAAACCAAGACCCAAAACAAGAGAUCUUUGGAUGAUACGGACAUUUCGUGGGAGAGCUCAUCAUCGGAGAGCUUAGACACCUUAAGACCUCCAACAGCUUUUCUCGGACAUCGUCAAACUAGGGCAUCAUGGGCUCAAGGCCACAUACCCCCAAGUUUUGGCUCCGGCUCACUAGACUUACUGGCAAGAAGGAAUUCGGAAUAUGUGUUCAGGAGUGGAGAGUUCCUCGGAUCGCCCUUGCAAGAUCGGAGCCAGCGUCUUCCUCUCAUGAUAGAAGGGCCAAGUCGCCAGCGGGACUCGACGGCCCUCCAACUUUUCACAGAAGCAGUUGAAAUGGUACAUAUUGAUGAUCAGGGCUUCAAGGCGGAUCCGUGGGCCAAUGAACACGGCGCAAAAGAUCCAUCAGAGACUACACGCAGCCGGAAACCAUAUGGCCGCCGCAAGAAAUCAAAAGAGCAGCACAUACCAAAAGAACGAAUGACUCCGCUCUUUCGAAUUAUGGGCACUAUUCUAUCGACUUUGACGAUCAGACAACGAAUCAUUCUCUUCCUAGGAUUUUCCGCGGCACUGGCCCAUGCAAGCGCGACUCCGAUAUUUUCAUAUUGUCUGUCGCAACUGUUUGGAACCUUCUAUGCUGGAACUAACAGUGAACACCUUACAAUGACAUGGUCGCUUGCUGUAUUAGGGGUGUCUUUCGGAGAUGGCCUUGCGUCCUUUUUCAUGCAUUACUUCCUAGAACUUUGCGCCGAGGUGUGGAUGGAUUCUUUCAGGAAAAACGCCUUUCAACGCAUCCUCGAUCAGCCACGGGCCUGGUUCGAGAAAGAUGGCAAUGGAUCUCUUAGACUCACAUCGUCUCUCGAUCAGAAUGGAGAGGACAUGCGAAACCUACUAGGCCGUUUCGCCGGUUUCGUGGUUGUUGCUGCAGCAAUCACCGUCAUGGCACUUAUCUGGAGCUUGAUUGUUUGCUGGAAGCUGACACUCGUUGCUAUUUCCUGUGGACCUGUCAUUUAUGUCAUCACUCGAGGCUUCGAGGGAACAAAUGGGUUAUGGGAAAGACGAUGCAAUGAUGCGAACAAUAUCGCUGCUGAUGUCUUUACUGAGACAUUUUCCGAGAUCCGUACUGUCAGAACAUUGACAUUGGAAGGUCAUUUCCAUCGGAAACAAGCCAAUGCGAUCGCGCGAUGCUUGCUACUGGGAUUGAAACGUGCCAUCUAUACAGGCAUGCUUUUCGGUAUGGUAGAAUCAACGGUCAUAUUUUCCACCGCAUUGAUCUUCUAUUAUGGAGCGGUGCUCGCAGCAUCUCGCGAGUUCAAUGUGGACGAUGUGAUGAUGGUAUUCUCGAUGCUGCUUUUCAGCAUUGGAUACGCAGCACAGAUUCUCUCAUGGAUUCCCCAAAUCAACACCUCCCGCGAGAUAGCGACACAGCUUAUUCGCCUUGCAAAACUCCCACAAGAUGGAUCCCACGAGCACCUCGGUAGUUUGACAGUUUCAAACCUCACCCCGAUCAAGCUCAUCAACGUGAAUUUCCGAUAUCCCUCUCGGCCAAGUACUAUGGUGUUGAAGAAUGUCUCGAUUUCCAUCCCGUGCAACUCCUGUACGGCGCUCGUGGGACGGUCCGGGUCGGGAAAAUCCACAAUCGCAUCGCUCCUAUUAUCGCUCUACGAAGCACCGGCCUCCAAAACUGGACAACCCACAGUAACACUUGGCGGCGCAGAUAUCCUUCAGCUGCAUGUCCCUACCCUCCGCUCACAGAUCUCUAUCGUAUCGCAACAACCAACUAUUUUCCCCGGCACCAUUCAUGAAAAUAUCAGUUACGGGCUAGAUCAGCACUCGCCUCUAGCCUCAUCUCAUAGUGUGCGCACUGCCGCUCAAGGAGCAGGGAUUGAUGAUUUCAUCCUAUCUCUCCCUCGUGGGUACAAUACUGUGAUCGGAGAUGGCGGAGUUGGCCUUUCUGGUGGCCAGAAACAGCGUGUCGUCAUUGCGCGGGCUCUUUUGCGUCAACCCCAAAUCCUGAUUCUCGAUGAAGCCACAUCUAGUUUGGAUCCAGCGGGUGCGGAGAUUGUACGGCAGACGAUUCAGAAGUUGGUGUCCGCGCGUCAGGGGCUUACUGUCAUCAUUAUCACGCACGCAAAGGAGAUGAUUGAGAUCGCGAAUCAUGUCGUUGUUCUUGACCAGGGAGCUGUCGUAGAGGAUGGACCGUAUCAGGAUCUGGCAAAAAUGAAUGGUGGAAAGUUGCAUGCGCUGCUCAGUGACCCUGAAGAAGUCGGUGCUUAG